UCCAUCCUCCCCUGCUUCACACACUGUCGCACAGCCAUGGCGGACAGCGCGAGCGAGAGCGACACUGACGGUGCGGGGAGCAGUUCAGCCACUCCGAUGUCAUCCUCUGCCUCCAGUUCUGCAAAACCGAGCAUAGUCAUUUCACAGUUUCGUCUGGAAGAGCUGACAAAUCGUCUUGCAUCGUUACAGCAGGAGAACAAAGUUCUUAAAAUUGAGCUGGAGACGUUUAAACUGAAGUGCAAAGCCCUGCAGGAGGAGAACCGAGACCUUCGCAAAGCUAGCGUCACCAUUCAAGCAAGAGCGGAACAGGAGGAAGAGUUUAUCAGCAACACUUUGUUCAAGAAGAUCCAGGCCCUCCAAAAGGAGAAGGAGACCUUAGCAGUCAACUAUGAGAAGGAGGAAGAAUUUCUCACCAAUGAGCUGUCAAGGAAACUCAUGCAACUCCAGCAUGAGAAGGCAGAGUUGGAGCAGCACCUUGAGCAAGAGCAAGAGUUCCAGGUUAACAAGCUCAUGAAAAAGAUCAAGAAAAUGGAGAAUGAAACCAUUUCAAAGCAGCUCACCCUAGAACAGUUGAGGCGAGAAAAGAUCGACCUUGAGAACACGUUGGAGCAAGAACAAGAAGCUUUGGUCAACAGACUGUGGAAGCGAAUGGACAAACUGGAGGCGGAGAAAAGAAUCCUUCAGGAAAAGUUGGACCAGCCCGUGUCGGCUCCUCCUUCCCCGAGAGACGUUUCCAUGGAAAUAGACUCACCAGAGAACAUGAUGCGGCAUAUCCGCUUCCUCAAGAAUGAGGUGGAGAGGCUUAAGAAAAGCCUGCGAACCACUGAGCUCCAGCACACAGAAAAGCGCGCCCAGUACAUCGAAGAAGAGCGUCAAAUGAGGGAGGAAAACAUCCGGUUGCAGAGGAAACUCCAAAGAGAAAUGGAGCGCAGGGAGGCUCUGUGCAGGCAGCUGUCAGAAAGUGAAUCCAGUUUGGAGAUGGAUGAUGAAAGGUACUUCAAUGAAAUGUCUGCGCAGGGUCUGCGUGCACGGACGGUGUCCAGUCCAAUCCCUUACACCCCCUCCCCCAGCUCCAGCCGACCCAUAUCACCUGGUCUCUCAUAUGGAACUCACACAGUUGGUUUCACUCCCCCCGCCACACUGUCUAGAGCUGCCAUUUCCCACUAUAACACCCCAGCCCUACACAUUCACGGAAGUUCCUCCCAUGCUGUUGCAAGGCCCUCCCCAAGAAGAAGCACCAGCCCCGACAAAUUCAAACGUCCAACACCCCCGCCUUCUCCAAACACGCACUCUGGGGCUCAACAGGCUCAGCCUCCACUCCUCCCACCAGCCCAGCCCAUGGUCCAGUCCAUGUCCUCCCCAGCAGCCAUGUCACAGCAUGCGGCAGCACCACAGCAGCCUCCCUCCCAGCCUUAAUGCCACACACAGUCUCUGUGUUUGCGCAUGAGUGCGCCCACUGAAUGCCACGAUGCUACUGCAGCAACUUCCAUCAUUACCAGCUCCGGAAGUAAAGUUUCUUACAGUUAAAGUCUACAAAAGACUACUUUGAAAGGGUUAGUAGGGAGAAGAAACGAUACAGCAUCUUAGCCUUUGGUAAUGGUAAGCUGCCAAAUCCACGUGGCUUUACUUAACUACUCUUAAAGAAUGGAUGGACUUACAAAUAAUCGCUUCUGGGAUUUGUAGACAAAUAUUUUCGUUCUAAUUUCUGUUUUUUUUUUUUUUUUUUUUUUGUAUUUUUUACUUUUGCUUUGGACUCUAGCUGAUCGGAAUUGUUGUUGUGGCGCUUCUGAAAUAGCACAAACAGCACAUUCAGUAUGUGUCAUGGUGGUGUCUUAAUCAUAGAUUGAAUCAAUGGGAUGUACGAUAGAGAAAUAAUCGAAUUCAUAGAUGGUCAGUUGUUUUUCUGCCUUUAAGAUGACACUCAAUAGCAGUAAUGCUCUCCACUCCAGUUCACUCCUUUUUUUUAAAACAAAUAUCAGUAAUUCAAAGCCCAAUUGCUCCAUAGUUUUGAUUUGAUCAGCAUUAAGCAUCAUAAAAAGACUGCUUGGAGUUUCUCUGUUAGAGGGCAUUGAUCAAAUGGAUGUGUCAGCAGUCAUUUUAUAUCUGAAUGCAUUCAGGAGUGUGCUGCUCCUUAUCUAUAAUGAAGGGUAACCAUAAACCACAAAUAAAUGUCGUUUGGGUUGUUUCAAAAAGAAAUAUAUAGUCUAAGGUGUUGAAACUUAGUCAUGUACUCAGUCUCUUCUCUGAUCUUAACUGGUGUAUUUCUGAAAGCUUCUAUCAUCCUAAUGGAUAUUCUUCAUCAGAAUAAGAAAAAAAAAGAUAAUGCUCUACACUAAAUAUACAUACUGCUAAAACAUUCUAAUUGAAUGGUACUGUUGAACUAAAUUUCUAUGUAUGAUUAAAGCUCUUGAGAUGACGA